AUGCCGCCUCGACGUGCACGCACCGGCAACAACAACAACAACAACAACAACAACAACAACAACAACGACACUGGCAACAACAAUAAUGAUAUGCAACAGAUGUUGGCAGCACAGACACAGUUGAUGCAAGUGAUGACUCAGUUCAUGGCGAACAACAAUCAGAACCUGAACAAUAACAAUAACAACAAUCCGCCUCCACAUGUGGACAUGCUCACAAGGUUUCUGAGGUUGAGGCCUGCCAAGUUCUCUAGUGCACCCGAGCCAAUGAUAGCUCUCGAUUGGCUGCGUUCUGUGAGUAAGGAUCUGGUAACUGUGGGAUGUACGGAUGAGGAGAAGGUGACAUUUGCUGCUCACUUGCUUGAAGGACCCGCAGCCUCUUGGUGGGACAAUUUCCAGAUAACUCAUCCUAUUGAUGGCAUCACUUGGGAGAUGUUCCAAGAGGGUUUUCGCACAGCUCAUGUUUCAUCUGGAGUUAUGAGCUUGAACAGAAGGGAGUUCCGCAACCUGCGACAGAACUACCGCACAGUGUCUGACUACAUAGAGGAUUUCAGCAAUUUGGCACGCUAUGCGCCAGAAGAUGUGGAUACUGAUGCAAAGAGGAAAGAGAGAUUCCUGGAUGGCUUGAAUGAUGAGCUUGCUGUUCAACUGUCAGUGGUUCAUGUUCCUGAUUUCCAGACACUGAUGGACAAGGCUAGAAUCCUUGAGGGAAAGAAGAAGCAAGCUGAGAACCGCAAGAGGAAGCACAACAACUACAACUCAGGGCCGCAACAGAAGACACGUACAUUCAAUGAUGGGAAUGGAAAUUCUGGACACCACAAACAUGGAAGCAACGGACACAGCAACCAUGGAGGAAAUGGCCACAAGAGUCACAACCACCACAACUCUGGAAGGGGUAAUGACCAAAACCGCAACGGUAACUUCACACAAAGGGAUAUUAGCAAGGUGGAAUGCUUCAGUUGCAAGAAGACUGGGCAUUAUUCAAGAGACUGCCCUGAGAAGAACAAGAAUGACGGGAACAAGACAAACCCAUUCCAGAAGGGGCAUGUUAAUCAUGUCAAUGUGGAGGAAGUUUAUGAUGAACCUGAUGCAGUGAUCGAUUGUCCGGAGUGCAACGAGUGCGACUGCGGUGAUUGUCUGAACAACAACGAAGGUUACUCCGAGGACGAGUAAGGUAUCGCUUUUAGGUCGCGAGCUUCCACUCAACAUGUUCGCCUGUGGCGUGAUGGAGCUCUUUGAAUUUAUUUGUUUUCCGCUUUGAACUCUAUUAUUUGGGCUAGCCAUGAGCUAUGCAAGUUGUAAUAAAUAUAUUUUGGAUCAUACGUUGUAAUAAAUGAUGCAUUUGCUAUUCUGUUUAUUCA